GUGGGAGGAUCUGUACAACCAACGGUCCUUGGAUCCCGUCCUAGUGGGAACGAUCAAAGAAGCGAUGCGGUUGGCGUUCGAGAAUAAAGAACAGUCGUACGAGUUGCCAACCCUGAAGCUCGCACCGCUGGGGCUUCAAAAACCGACUCCGGGGACCAGGGCGAGACGUCUGAAGCCAGAGAAACGGAAGGACGAGCUGGCGGGGCGGUACUACUACUACGCGGUGUGCGGGCAGCACAACGCCGCUGCAGCUCGGUCGCUGCUCGGCAGCGAGGUGGCCAAGAGGUACAAUUUUGAGCGGUGGCCACCGCAAAUGCUGUACUUUUCUCACAAAGACUUCAACGGGUAUUUCCUUGUUAUCUCCCAGGACAACAAGAAAGACCAUAAGGCACCUCCUAGACCGUUGAAGGUCCUUGCUUGCGAGGUCGUUUGGGUCCAGGCAGGACAUGGUGCAGCUGGUGAAUUGAAGUUAGCCAGUUACGCCUCCUUGAUCUCCAUUGACGACGAGGAAGCCACUGGUGUUGAGUUCAACGCCAAUGCGAAAGAGGAGGAGAGCAACACCGAGAGCCUUGACUUGCAGCAUGAUCCAACACCGGCGGAGCACGCCCGAGGGUCGUCAUUGGUUCGGCCGUCAUCGAGCGCAGCAGCGGCGCCACCACUCGUGUCACCAACGGCAAGACCGUCGCCAGGCAGCACGCCGAUGAAGUUGCUGGAGAGGCUAAGAGCUAUGGCAAUUCCCCCGCGUGUCAUCCAGCCAGCGAUACAGAAGGGCGAGUGGGUCAUGGCCGUCGCAGUCCUGCAUGGGGGAUGGGUGUCGAUUCCUCGUGAGUCGAAGUUUACCUUUCUGCACGUCGCGAGGAUUUCGGUCCUCCAGAAAGUGAGGGCCGAAAAUGACAUGUUUGCACCCGACGACCUGUCAGUUGUUUCCACAGCCGGGCGAGUUUUCGACGAGCUCCAGGAGAAGUGCUGGUUCGAAUUGACGGAGGACUACUACGACCUCGACACGAGUCCUUCGAAGGGCGUGGUGAACUGGAGAGUUCCACCUCCCGGUGGGCCACACGGUGGUGCCGGGGGGGGUGGGCCUGGAAGCGGAGGGGAUGGGGGGGGUGGUAGGUGGGGAGGCGAAGGAUAUCCGCCCGUCUGGGAGGGAGGGCAUUACGGCGGCACCACGGCCGUGGGAAGCAGCGGUGGGGCGGCGGGUUUUGACUUCGGUCAGGAUCAGUCUGCUGGCCCCUCGCAAGAGCAUGCGACACAGUCCACCGACCGACCGGCUUCGUCCGUCGGAUCAGCGAGGGAGACGUUAGCAGCCUUGGUCACUCUAGGCAGGCGCUCCAGCGGAACGUCGAAGUCCGUUGGGGUCCGAACUACGUCGGUUGAGAAGCCGCGAGUACGGUCGACCCUGUUGGGCGAGCCGAGCCCGGAUUCCACAACAAGCGGCGGUGCGGCGAGGGACGGAAAUGUGUCGCCUGAGAGGGAGCGAAGGCCGCUGGGAUUGCAGCGAAAGGCGGCAAGGGCAGGAUCCAGCAACACGGAGACAACGAAGUCUGCCGAGAUCCGAACUUCUUCAAGCGGGGGAUGUCAGCCAAGGAAUGUCGUGCCGCCGGUAGAGCCAGCAUGGGUAGAGACGGAAGGGCGGUCAUCGGGAUUCGGCAAGGGUACCAGGAAAGGGACUGGAUUGCAUGGAAGAGAAGUAGGGGAGGAAAUGGAGGAAGGGAAGGAAGCCCGCGAAGCACAGGAGGAAGUGGAAGAAGGGGAAGAACGGGAAGAAGGGGAGGAAGGGGAGGAAGGGGAGGAAGGGGAGGAAGGGGAGGAAGGGGAUGUGGGUUUUGGAGACACAAGCGAGGCCAAUACCGGAUCAGGAGAAUCGUCUGAUGGGUUCGGACAGCUGUACGAAGAGCAUCGCGAGGAUGAUGUCUACGAGGGUAUGGAAACAAAGGUGGUUGGCAGCCUUUCUGGGGAGUCUGAAGACUAUGAGGUCCAACCGCUAACGUGUGCCGUCAAUUUGCAACACCAGUUCGACGAGGCUUCCGUUGCUGUGAGCCCGUCUAAAGCACGUCGUCGUAUAAGCAUCGACGAAGUUAUCGACAGUAUACUCCGCGACCAGCACGUGUCCGCGCAUCCGUCCACAACGCCUGACGUCGACGACGCUGGCAACGUCACGCCGCCGGACUCUCGGGUGCUGGCCGCCACCCUCACCGGUGUAGGGGAAGGCGAGGCCAUGGGACGACAGCACGUCACGUCCCCUAAAAAUUCAAGGGUCGGCAGUCACUCUAUCGACGUGCUCGCUUUGCCAGCGCCAACAUCACCGAUGAAGGAGCAGAGAGACAAACCGACCGGUAAGCGGUGAUGAACGCCACACUGCCUACAGGCCUGGGAUUACGAAAUCGU